AUGUCUAUCAAGCUUAUUGGAUUUCCUGCCUCAGGACCUUUACUUAAAGUUAUUAUAACCCUGAGGGAAUUAGGUCUUCCUUACGAACUCGAAAUUCCAUCUAAUAUUCAAGCUAUAAAAGAAGAAGAUUAUAUCAAGAACAAGCACCCAUUUGGAAAAAUUCCAGUCCUUAUUGAUGGUGAUUUUGUAAUUAACGAAUCUCGUCCAAUUUGUACUUACCUGGUAUCUAAAUACCAAGGCAAACAUAACAAUACGAACUUGAUUCCUACCGAUGUUCACAAGGCAGGUUUAGUCGGGCAAUACGUUUCUUACGAAUCAUCUUAUUAUGACCCACCGAUCUCAAAAAUCGUAUAUCAAGAAAUAUAUGCUAGAAAAUUUCAAAAUAAGGACCCGGACCCCGAAGUUAUUAAGCAAGCUCGUGAAGAACUUGCCAAGGUCUUAGAUGUUUAUGAAAAGAUUUUAGAAGGAAAAGAAUAUUUGAAUGGCGAAUAUUCUAUAGCUGAUCUUUUCCACAUCCCUUCUACUCAUUAUGUCUAUAGUAUUGACGCACAUUCCGAUUUAUGGGAUAGCAGGCCUAAUGUUAAAAAUUGGUGGAAUAGGUUGUGCAAUAGAGAAGCCGUUAAGAAAACUAUUGAUGAGAUCGCAAAAUAA